UGUUAUAAAAUACACCCAUUUCCCAUCACCAAAACCUCUUUCUCCUUAUCAUCUUUUUCUUAGUUGAAGUUUUUUUCUUAACCUCCCAUUCUUUUUUUUUGUUCAAUAAUAUUGCUUCCUCUCAUCACCUUCAUAUAUAGUUGAUUCCUCACCUCCCCCAAUCUCAAAAGAUCCAACCAAACAAUCCACUUCUCUUACUCAUCUUCAUUAGUCAUUUCAUACACCAAACAAACUUAUAAACAUCAAAUUAAUGCAUGGAUUAAGAUUGAAACCUACCAAGUUUCUUCCAUGUCGCCUAUAAUCAGUGAAGUCCUCCUCUCCGGGUUCACCAUAAACUCCGCCCUCCGCCGUCGAACCCACCUUGUCUCCUCCUUAUCUGUUGUCUUCCUCUACUGGUUCUACGUAUUCUCAUGAGCUUUUAUUAGAGUAACAUUAUCCAAUAUAUAUAUAUAUAUAUAUAGUGUUUACAAUACAGGUCUACGACUAGUAAAAAUCCAUUCUACCCUUUUAGAUCGAAACAAUGUUACUCUAAUCGCUUUUCCCCUGCUUAGCUCCCCGAUUUUUUUCUUCUUAGGUUCAUAUAUUAUUAUUAGUUGACAAGGAGAUAUCGGUUCACCCCAACAGUAAUUAUUUACGAGCUAGGUUAGCUUUUAUAUUACUACUCUUAUAUACAUGGCAAGUUCAAGUUCAUCAAGUCAACAACAUGUUAUUACACCUAAUAACUCAUCAUCAGGAUCUGAGGCAGAUCCUCAACAGAUGAUGGAUUUAAGGAAGAGGAAACGUAUGGAAUCCAACAGGGAAUCAGCGAGGCGGUCUCGAAUACGAAAACAAAAGCAUAUGGAUGAUCUGAGGGCUCAAACGAUAGAGAUUAAAGCUCAAAACAACAAGAUCUUGACCACCACGAACUCCACAACGCAGCACUAUCUCGACGUUGAGGCGGAGAAUUCUGUCCUUAGGGCUCAGCUAGCUGAGCUUGGAAACCGCCUUCAGUCUCUUAAUAAUAUUAUUAGCUGCCUCACGACCACGAAUACGAAUACGAACACGAACACGAACACGAACAACAAUGGCAACAAUAAUUAUAAUAGUGAAUGUGAUGAUCAAGAGAGCUUUGGUAGCUUUGAUCUUGAGUUUGAUGAUGGAUUUUCGAUGAAUUCAUGGGGGUUUUCAUUUGCUAAUUAUCCUAUUGUGUCUACCUCAGAUGCCUUCAUGUGCUAGAUAAGGCCUUGAUCAUGUGGUAAUUAAUGUUAACAACGAUCCAAUAUAUAUAUAUAUAUAUAUAUAUAUAUAUAUAUAUAUAUAUAUAUAUAUAUAUAUAUAUAUAUAUAUAUAUAUAUAUAUAUAUAUAUAUUCCUUCAUUAAUAAACUAGUUGUUUGAUUAAAAUGGGGAAAUAAUGUUGUUUUGUUGCGAUUGUAAUGGUAUAGUAGUACAAAGUACAUGGUGUUACAUGAGGGUGUUACAUUGUAAAAUCCAUCCUUGAAAAGAGAAUUGUUGUAUUGAUAAUGAAAGUUAUUAAUUAUUAUGAGUUA